AAUCAGGCACGCUGCAGGGAGGAGGGUGCGACGUUCAAAGAGCCCGCGGAGUCUUCUCCACGCCCCUGCGCUCUGAGUCCUGGGUCUGUCGCUGAGAGAGAGACGCCCUGGAAGGUCUGUAUCAGCGUCUGUCUCGCCGGGACCCACACUGGACGCUGGCUUAUAGGGAGGACACCCGGACACCAAGAAGCCGGGAAAUGGACUCAGUGGCCUUUGAAGAUGUGGCUGUGAACUUCACACAAGAGGAGUGGGCUUUGCUGGGUCCAUCACAGAAGAGUCUCUACAGAAAUGUCAUGCAGGAAACCAUUAGGAAUCUGGACUGUAUAGAAACGAAAUGGGAGGACCAGAACAUUGGAGAUCAGUGCCAAAAUCCCAGGAGAAAUCUAAGAAGUCAUACAUGUGAAAUUAAAGAUGAUAGUCAAUGUGGAGAAACUUUUGGCCAGAUUCCAGAUAGUAUUGUGAACAAGAACACUCCUCAAGUAAAUCCAUGUGACAGCAGUGAGUGUGGAGAAGUCGCCAUGGGUCAUUCAUCUCUUAAUUGCAACAUCAGAGUUGACACUGGACACAAAUCAUGUGAGCAUCAGGAAUAUGGAGAGAAGCCGUAUACACAUAAACAACGUGGGAAAACCAUCAGUCAUCAGCACUCCUUUCAGACACAUGAAAGGCCUCCCACCGGAAAGAAACCCUUCGAUUGUAAAGAAUGCGCAAAAACCUUUAGUUCUCUUGGAAACCUUCGCAGACACAUGGCGGCACACCAUGGAGAUGGACCUUAUAAAUGUAAGUUGUGUGGGAAAGCCUUUGUUUGGCCCAGUUUAUUUCAUUUGCACGAAAGAACGCACACUGGAGAGAAACCGUAUGAAUGUAAGCAGUGUUCCAAAGCCUUUCCUUUUUACAGUUCCUAUCUAAGACAUGAGAGAAUCCACACGGGAGAGAAAGCGUAUGAAUGUAAACAGUGUUCCAAAGCCUUUCCUGAUUACAGUACCUAUCUAAGACAUGAAAGAACUCACACCGGAGAGAAACCCUAUAAAUGUACACAAUGUGGGAAAGCCUUCAGCUGUUACUAUUACACUCGACUCCACGAAAGGACUCACACGGGAGAACAACCCUAUGCAUGUCAGCAAUGUGGGAAAACGUUUUAUCAUCACACAAGCUUUCGAAGACACAUGAUAAGGCACACUGGAGAUGGACCUCAUAAAUGUAAGAUAUGUGGGAAAGGCUUUGAUUGUCCUAGUUCGGUUCGAAAUCAUGAAACGACUCACACUGGAGAGAAACUCUAUGAAUGUAAGCAGUGUGGGAAAGUUUUAUCUCAUAGCUCGAGCUUUCGAAGUCACAUGAUAACACACACAGGAGAUGGACCCCAGAAAUGCAAGAUAUGUGGGAAAGCCUUCGGUUGUCCCAGUUUAUUUCAAAGACACGAAAGGACUCACACUGGAGAGAAACCCUAUCAAUGUAAACAAUGUGGUAAAGCCUUCAGUCUGUCCGGUUCCCUUCGAAGACAUGAAGCAACUCACACUGGAGUGAAACCGUAUAAAUGUAAAUGUGGGAAAGCCUUUAGCGAUCUCUCUUCCUUUCAAAAUCAUGAGACAACGCACACUGGAGAGAAGCCGUAUGAGUGUAAGGAAUGUGGGAAAGCAUUCAGUUGUUUCAAAUACCUUUCUCAGCAUAAAAGGAUCCACACAGUAGAAAAACCUUAUGAGUGUAAAACAUGUAGGAAAGCCUUCAGUCAUUUCAGUAACUUAAAAGUCCACGAAAGGAUUCACUCUGGAGAGAAGCCGUAUGAAUGUAAGGAAUGUGGGAAAGCAUUCUCUUGGCUCACUUGCCUUCUAAGACAUGAAAGAAUUCACACUGGAGAGAAACCCUAUGAAUGUCUCCAAUGUGGUAAAGCCUUCACUCGUUCCCGUUUCCUUCGAGGACAUGAAAAAACUCACACUGGAGAGAAGCUGUAUGAAUGUAAGGAAUGUGGGAAGGCACUGAGUUCUCUCCGUUCCUUGCAUAGACAUAAAAGGACUCACUGGAAAGAUACUCUGUAAAUGUAUGGAAUGUGGGAAAACAUUCAGUACUUUUAUUCAAUUUCAGAAACUGAAAGAACUCACUUUGGAGAUAGACCCUAUGAAUGUAAACACGGGAUAAAGCCUUAAGUAGUUUCAAUUUUUUAAAUACAGUUAUCCCCCAAUAUAUUGCAAGGGAUUGGUUUCAGCACCCCCUAAAUCCACAGAUGUCAAGUCCUUUGUUAUAUGGCAUAUUUGCAUGUAAACUAUGCACAUCCUCCUGUAUACUGUGUAAGUCAUCUCUAGAUUACUUUUAAUACCUCAUACAUUGUAAAAGCUAUGUAAAUAGUUGUUUGAUUGUAUUGUUUAGAGAAUCAUGACAAGAAAAAUAGUCUCUGCGUGUUCAACGCAGACACAACCAUUGCAGGCCCACCUACAGAGUAUAUGUCACCCAGAACAUUAAAAUUUCUUCGUUUUAACAUUCA